AUGAAUAUUUUGAAACCAAAGUUCUCUUUAAGACAUCUCAAUACUAACAUGUUCAAUUCUACAAACAAAAUUUCUAUAAGACCAUUAAUAUGUAAAUCUAGAGAGUUUUCAAAAUGUGUUUUAUUGCAAACUAAAGAAUCGGAGUCAAAAAGCGAAAAAGAAGAAUCAGUAAGAAUGAAAAAAUUUCAUAAAAAAUUAAAAUUGCAACCAAUACCUAGUAAUACAAUAAUAGGAAUACCUCCGAAAGAGCGUUUCGUAGACUUGGUAUUAGUGGAAACUGACCUCAAUGGAGAACUAAUAACAAAUAGUGAAAAAGAUCCAACAAAGUGGGGUGACUGGCAAAAUGGUGGGCGGGUGAGCGACUUCUAA